UAGUUAAAUUAUUUUUAGUCGUAGCUCAACAGUUAAAUCGCAAAGAACGCAAUGCAUCUUACCACUGCCUAUUUACUUCAAUUCAUUUUCAUAAUAAAGGAAUCUCAAACAGUUCAAGAAUUGAACUGUUUAAAUAGUUUUAAAAUAUCAGAGCUACUUCGCUUCAAACACUCUGUUGAUCUUUUGUCCUGCUCGCGUGAUCAGACGCCUCCAUCAUUACCAGCCCCUCUACAGGAAACAAUUAACAACACAAUUUCAACUAAUAAUAGAAGCCUCAUCAAUGAAGACAAUCCAUCAGCACUACCACUAACUAUUGCCAGAUCCUAUCCCGAGCCAUGGCAAGAGAAGCCAAGCAAGCUUCAAACACUUUUCCAAGUCAGCGUGACGGGUUUGGCUUUCCUUUCCUUUGGUGGAUAUCUAUUGUGUCUGAUCGUUCAAGCCAUCAAAAGCAAAGGCACAACUUACUUUCAUCCUGUUGCAACGGCCACAACCACCACAACCAACGGCCAACUCAAGAAAAUAAAAAUCUUCAGACGCAGUCGUAGGAUGGCUAACCGAACAACGGAGGAAGUGAAUAGCAGAAGUGGUUUGGAUGAUGAUGAUAAUUUGACUUUGGGUGGGCCGAAUCCGGAAGAUUUAUACAAGAUUUUGUUGAAUUUUGCUGAAGGCUAUGCUGGAACUUUAAGUGUCAACCGAUUUAAGUGAUCAAGUUUCAACUGAGUAAAGUAAUUUCAAAAAUAAAGAAAAGAAUAUUGUUGUGUCUGUGAAAUAAAAUAAGUUAAACAAUA